GCAGUUGAGCGAAACGAAUCCUUCAUUUUUCAUGUAUUCCACGAUCGACUCCAGCUUCGGCCACGAUGCGGCCUCCACGUGUCAUCUUAGGGCUGACCAGUGAGUCCACACGUACAUCCGUCUAAAAAUACUUCGGCAGUUCGGUGCGAUCGAUCGUCCCAGGUGGCGGAAUGGACCUGUCGCGGUAUCGCAAAGUCCUCAUCUACGCGUUGACGUUCCUGGCGUACGCGUGGUCCGGCUAUGGCUCCGGAUUGCUGUCAAACCUGCGGGACGCCGUGUUGGCGGCCGAGUCUGUCUUUCACGACUUCUUCGAGAACGCCAUCACUGUGGCCAGGAAAAUCAAGGACAUACACGAGGUGUUCGACGCGGCGGUGGAGGAGAACUGCGUCUUCCGGUGUCCCGACGGAUCCGCGCCGAAACCAGACUGGAACCACAAACCGCAGAGCAACGGAUGCGGCUCCCUUGGAAUCGAGGUGAAUCAAGAAUACCUUCCGUUGGCCGAAAUGACCAAGUGCUGCGACUUCCACGACCUUUGCUACGACACGUGCAACACCGACAAGGAGAAGUGCGAUCUGGAAUUCAAAAGGUGCCUGUACAAGUUCUGCGACACGUAUCAGACUACCGGCGUGACGAUCGUCAAUACGUGCAAGGCCGCCGCUAAGGUACUCUUCACGGGAACGACCGCGCUCGGUUGCAAGAGCUUCCUCGACGCCCAGAAGAAGGCUUGCUACUGCCCGGAUAAGGGCAGUCACAAGAACAAGAAACCUAAGAAGGCGGCACAGGCCGGCGGCGAAUUAUAAUAUUACGUCUAAUUUAAGAUAAUCCAAUGUAUUUAUUAACUUAUUUAUCAAAAUGUGUGGUCGAUGGAAUUAUCCUAAGUAUUAUUCGGGAGUCUGAUCGCAGCAACUUCUAAAAAACGUCUUACUCUCGCCGGAAUCUCCUGGACGUUGUCUUUAAGAUGUCUUUUCGAAGUUCCUGCUACCUGAGUGGUCGAAAUCGCGAAUGGCAGAAAUCAGCGCGAAAAAAUCAGGUCGAUGUGUCACCUCUAUCUUGUAGAAAUUUUGUCACAACGGGCGCAAUAUAAUAUUCUUCAUAACUAAA